AUAGAGAGAGAUCGAGAGAGGGAGGGAGGGAGGAAUUUCCCUCAGGGGCGACGUGUUUGUGCUCUCUCUCUCUCUGCCUCUCUCUGUCUGUUGUUCAUUCACUCAUACACACACUCCAUGCACACAUUGACAGACACACGCAGCAUGUAGACAGACUUUCUAAUUCAUUCACAUUCCUCACUCACACACACGGUUUCUUUUUACAACCUUGAGUUUUAUUUCACCUUUAUAGUCUGGAGAAGAAGCUACGCCACCGCAACUUCAAAACUGCCGUUAGAGAGAACAAGAGACAGAGAGAAGGAAAGAGACAGGGAGAACAGUACAAAACAAAAAAGAGGCUGGAGAUGCACUGAAGGGCUCAGAAGGAUGGAAUAGAGAAGAAUGAAAGUCCCCGAAAACAUCAGGACGAAGCAGUUCGACCCACUUCAAGAGAGAAGCUGACUGAAAAGACAAAGUUCAGAAAUUGACUUCAGCCAAAUCAACAGCAGCUGUGCGUGUUUGUUUGUGUGCCGCCCUUGACCCGACUCUACUGACGCCAUGCUGUGGACGCUCCUCCUGGCUUUAAUUCUACUGCUGUUGCUCCAGGCACAGCUGCUUGUUUGUCUACAUGAACUCCGAGCCUCUUUGACCUCAGUGACAUCUGCGAUCCCUUCUGGAGCUUCCAAUGCCUCGACUUUGCAACGUCUGCCAGGAGCCAUCAUCAUCGGGGUGCGCAAGGGAGGCACCAGGGCCCUGCUGGAGAUGCUCAACCUCCAUCCAGAUGUGGAAGUAGCCAAGACCGAGAUCCACUACUUCAACCUGGACGAAAACUUUCGGAAGGGACUGGACUGGUAUCGUGCCCAGAUGCCCAACACCCUCUCUGGGCAGCUGACGGUGGAAAAGACCCCUGGCUACUUCACAGCACCACCGGCCCCAAGGAGGAUACGGGCCAUGAAUCCAGCGGUGAAACUUCUGCUGAUCGUUCGUGACCCUGCAGAGAGACUCGUGUCAGACUACACACAAGUUCUCCACAACCGAAUUCAGCAGAACAAGCCAUACCAGCCACUCGAAGAGAUGCUACUAUCAAACGGACACAUCAACACCAAAUACAAGGCCCUUCAGAGGAGUUUUUACUACCAGCACCUGGCCAGAUGGUUGGAGCUUUUUCCCAGGGAGCAGAUUCACAUUGUGGAUGGAGAAGCACUGAUUGGGAAUCCGUUCCCCGAGCUGCAGAAGGCGGAGAAGUUCUUGGAACUUCCACCUCGGAUUAAGACGGACAAUUUCUAUUUUAACGUCACUAAGGGCUUUUACUGUAUGAUGUCUGCGGGACACGACAAGUGCCUGGAUGAAUCUAAAGGAAGACCACAUGCACCACUAAGCAACGAGGCUUUCCAGAAGCUUUGCCGCUACCUGCGAAUCCCCAAUCAAAUCUUUUUCAAAAUGGUGGGACAGAGGUUUGCCUGGUGCUAAAGACAGACAAAAAAUGACUGAGCUCUCACAGAGACUGAGAAGUGCAUUCAAAAUACUAUUGGCAACCCACUUUUGUGAAAAUGUUGUCAAAGAAAUAUGGUUGAAAAUGCCUUGCUAAAACUAGUUUGCAAGAGGGCUAAACAUGGAAGUCAGCGCCAAAAACUGUUCUGAACACUAGUCUUCUGUGAAACAUCUACAGGACUUCAUGUGCUUUAAAAGACUCUUUGGACCAGUCUUACCUUCAAAAGUCUCAGUUUAAACAGACUGUUGAUAUGGAAAUGAGGUUGAAAACAUUGGCAAUGCCCAGUUAGUGAAGAGACUGAACUUGAAAACUUGAUUUUCUGUAAUAAUAAACAAAGACAGAAUGUGGAUAGACAUCAAGACUUGCAUAUAAUAAGAAAAAUUACAAAUAAAAUGUUACUGCAGUGGCACUUGAAGCAUUUAUCAAAAUACUGCUUUGUCAUCUGUAUAAUUGUAGUCUGAUCAUUUAAUUCUCAUGUUUAAUAUACUAAUUUGUACGUGAAUAUUUUAUUUACUUUUUUUAAAUAGAAAUGUCUAUUUUUUAAAACAAUUGGUUCUUUAAAUUGAGAUAUUUCAUAAUAUCAUAAGUUCAUGCACGGCAAAAUUCUGUUUUCUUUUCAAUAAAUAUACUUGUACAUAAAACAUCUCACAUCUACUCAUCUAAAACGCUGACAAUAUUUUGCACAACUCAGUCAACAACAAAUUGUAACAUUUGUCAAAUGUAUGUAUUAACUUAUUCUGUUUUAUAUAAAAAUGUCUAAACCUUUAUUUCAGAUGGCCUUUAGACAAUAAGACAUCUUAAGUGAAAUGAAAUGAAGGUGCGCUAAGCUAUUUUCAUUUAUAUUUUAUGUCUUAUCAUAAUUGAGUGUAUAUUUCCAAUAAGCAGGUGAAGGUUUCUUUUCAGCAUGGCAAAGUAAUUUAAUUACCUCUUUGUUUCAUCUGACUCCAAAAAUUAAAAAGGUUUAAUUGACGUUUGUAAAUCAUUAAAUUUAGGUGAAUGUUU